UCCAUUCUGUAGCGAUGUUAAAUGACGCCGCAUCAUCUCUGGUCCCCAUAGCUCGUUAAUUCGAUUGCCAUAAUAAUCCUCGUCACCUCGUCGGCAUAAUAAUAGCAAGUAUAAUUACCAUGGCCUCCCCAAUUCAGAAGAACCUAGUCGAGAAGAACGCGGAAUACUCCAGCAAGUUCACCCAAGGCGACCUUGCCCUCCCUCCUGCGAAGCAAUAUCUUGUCCUGACAUGCAUGGACGCCCGUCUCGACCCGGCGGCAGCAUUCGGCAUCGACCUCGGAGACGCCCACGUCAUCCGUAAUGCCGGCGGUAGUGCGAGGGAUGCCCUCCGAUCCAUCAUCAUCUCGGAGCAGCUCCUGGGCACGAAGGAGAUAAUCCUCAUCAAGCAUACCGGCUGUGGUAUGCUGACGUUUACGAAUGAGGAUGCCCACGGUCUGGUGAAAAAGAACCUGGGCCCCAGUGCUGCGGCAGAGAUUUCUACCCUCGACUUCCUCCCGUUUCCAAACUUGGAAGAAGCCGUGAAGCAAGACGUGGAAUACUUGAAGAAGAGUGCCGCCGUGCCUGCAGCUGUACCCAUUACUGGUUGGGUUUACGAAGUUGAGACCGGCAAGGUCAGGCAGGUCAUAUAGGCGGUAUGGCGAGAAUGAUUUGGCAUUAAGCGCAACAGUCGGCAUCAUACCUAUCCGGCGUGUAUAGGGCGAAUCACCAGACAAUCAACCCGAUCCUGGCUCUAUUUCCUCCUCCAUCCCCCUCUGUGCUCCAGCUCAGUCCAC